AGCACAACUGACUAUGAACAGAAAGUAGAAGAAACACUUUCAGCGUUUAAGGUGACAAAAGAGAAGAGUGAGCCAAUCGCAUUUCGACAGACGUCACGAUUCUUUAAGAAGAAAGGCACAAUUGCAAUCAAAGAGAACACGCCACCAAGUGUAGAUAUAGCUCACAAACAAAAUGGGUCAUGUGGAACACUUCUUGAAGAAUCUCUUGUUGAGGGGCGCUCAAGUUCGACGGAGGGAAAGAUCAAUGCAAAGCACUCCCGACUGAUGGGAUUGAAGCGUGAUAGAGUCCAGAGUGCGGUGAUUGACUUGUCGCGAUUACAACAAACCCUCAACGACAAUCCACUGAGUCGAUCGAAUGUGCACAGCUUCCCGUCACAGCAGACUUUUGUGAAUUGGACAAAAGAAGCUGUUCAGAAGUUGACAGUGAUAGAGAGUGCGGUGAGGGGGUGUCUAGUACGGCGGAAGUACAAAGUGAACAGUUUGUUAAUGCGCAAGAAUGUCAUCACAGAGAUAGCAGACACAGAGAAGAACUUCUCGAAGAAUAUGAUUCUGAUGGACGAGUUCUUCCGGAAGCCUCUCUUGUCUUUGGCCGAACAGAAAGUUGUUGCAGCGAGUGAUGUGAGUCUUGUCUUUAACAAGUCGUUUGAACAAUGUCUUCGCAAUAGUAUUGAACUGUCAAAGCGAUUUCGAGAGAUGUGUGUCAACUUCAAGGCAACAACACUACUUGGUGAGAAGAUAGGGGAGUCAAUCUACUUGGCUAGCGCUUUACUUGUCUUCACAAUGGAUUACAACAUCUCACUGAAGACGUGGAAGGAGAUGAAGAAGGCGGGAUGCGUUCGUACGUUGGUUGAUAUGAAUUUGAAUGAAAAGGAAUUGGAGAACAGAACACUGGAACAACUCCUGAUUCAACCCGUCCAACGUUUAAUGCGAUAUCCGAUGCUGGUCGACGUGCUAAUUAAAGCGACCUACAAGAGAAAUCCGGACUAUGAGUGCCUCAAGAACGCUUACACACAAUUUGAGUUGUUUUCAAAUGUCGUCAACGAGCGGACUAAAAUGAGAGAUGGAUUGCAGGAAAUGUGUGAGGAGUUGAACAACGCAGAUCUCUUUGUGAUGGGAAGGUUGCUUGUCUCUAAAUAUCAAGUUGAAGUGAAAGACUCGAAGAAGAAGGGAUGUAUAGUCUGCGUCUGCAAUGACAUGUUGAUCGUCUAUUCCGGUAAGACUAAGGACAAAACAGUCAUAUUGGAAAUCAAGUUGUCUGGAAGCGUCAAUCUCGUGCAGAACGGAAAGAGCGUUGUAAUCAACGAGUAUGGAAAGGCUCCAGUCACACUUGUAUUCAGCGACAAACGGAAUGCAGAGAGCUUCAAUAAAGUUGUCUCCGGGAUGAUUCUUGACGAGUGGUAUGUCCUCGACGACGACAGGUCUUAUGGUAAACUGUUAGUAAAUCUAUUGAAUUGA